CAGUAGCUCCUCAUCCGACGACCCCAGCUGUGCGCAUCCAUCUCUCCACCUCCUCCGUCGUCGCUUUUAUGGACCCCACUCCCUCCUCAGAUCCCGCAACCCCCGUUCCCAUGUAUAAUUACGAUCCUGCCGUCGGUGGCCGAGGGUUAGGGUUUCACGACGAGGACGGAGAUCUAGAGGAGGAAGAGGAAGAAGAAGUAGAAGAGGAAGAGGAUCGGUACGAGAGCGAGGGGAAGGGCGAGGGCUUUCUCUCGAUCGGUGGCGUUAGGGUUUACACCGAAGAUUGCUCUUCUCCUGAUGAGGAGAGCGGGGACUCGAUGGGAUCAGAUUCAUCUGAAGAGGAGGAAGAAGAGGGAGAAUCAGCAGAUGAAUCUUCUUCCUCUGACGAUCACGAUGACGAUUCUGAGAUUGAUGAUGAGACGGUCGAAGAUUAUCUCGAAGGGAUCGGUGGGAGCAGCGAGAUACUGAAAUCGGGAUGGUUAGCAAAAAAGAAGGAUCUUGAAGAGCAGUUUCUGGAAUCUGAGAGCAGUAGCGGCGAUGAUGAUGGUGGUGGUGAUAAGUUAGGGGCAAUUGAAAUGAUGAAUGUUUCACAGGAGUAUGGAGUGCUGAAGAAGAAGAAGAAGAAGAUUAAUUUUAGGAAGGGGAAGGGUCAGAUCAGUUCGCCAAUGGUGGAUUUUGGAUUGUCGGCCGCAAUGGAUGAUUUGAUGUUUGUGAAGGAUCCGAGAAAUUUUUCAGGCAGGAGGAAGAAGAAGAAGGCUGUUCCUCAGCUCUCCAGAUCGUGGCCUCGUGAGGGGCACAGGAGUAAAGAGCAUUACAGUGCUUCAGGUGGAAAAAAGAAGCAACGUAAAGAGCUAAUAGCUGUGAAGCGCCGACAACGUAUGAUUAAUCGUGGUGUUGACUUGGAACAAAUAAAUCUGAAGCUGAGACAUAUGGUCAUCAACAAGGUUGAUAUGUUCUCAUUCCACCCCAUGCAUUCUCGCGAUUGUUCUCAGGUGAAACGGCUAGCAUCAAUUUAUCGCCUACAGAGUGGCUGUCAAGGUUCAGGGAAGAAGAGGUUUGUGACUGUGACACGGACUGUUCAGACAUGUCUGCCAUCUGCAUCUGACAAGCUCCGCCUUGAUAAGCUUUUGGGAGAAGGCAUGGAUGAAGACUUCACCAUAAAUAACGAGAGCAAGAGGACACCUCAGACACAGCCAAAAAGUAGAUCAAAGACAGGUAAGAAGCUCUCAUUACACCAAUCUGCUCCACCAAAGCUCUCAAAAACUGGCGAUUCUAGCGGGAAGAACAAACGAAGCGAGAAGAAAGGUUCAGCUGCAUACUCUGAAAGGCCAGUAUCGUUCAUAUCUUCUGGCGUUAUGGAAGCAGAUUCUGCAAUAAAGGCAGCAGUUUUGGAUCCCAACAAAAGCAUCGUAACUGAGAAAGCUUCAGAUACCAGCUUUUCUAAAGUUGGUGCUUUUGAGAUGCAUACUACAGGUUUUGGUUCAAAGAUGAUGGCCAAGAUGGGAUAUGUCGAGGGUGGUGGAUUGGGAAAAGAUGGGCGAGGAAUCGCUUCACCAAUUGAGGCGAUACAAAGACCCAAGUCUCUAGGACUAGGUAUUCAGUUUGAUGAAGUGAAUAAAGAUGCAGAUGUCUAUCCAAAAAAGAAUAAGAUGGAUGCAAAUGGCUAUCGAAAAAAGAGAACGAGUUCAAAAUCUGGAGCAGAGAGUAUUGGAGCCUUUGAAAAGCAUACUAAAGGAUUUGGCUCCAAAAUGAUGGAAAGAAUGGGAUUUAUUCCGGGUACAGGAUUAGGGAGGGAUGCCCAGGGUAUUGUUAGCCCGCUGACUGCAGUUAGAAGGCCCAAGGCCAGAGGACUGGGAUCAAAGCCUUGAGCCUUUAGAAAUUACUUAUUAGUUAUAUCAGUCUCUUCAUUAUGUAAUUUAUGUUAAUUUGUAUUUCUGUUAUUGACAUAAAACAUGUAAGUAUCAUUUCUCUAUGUAAGGAACAGAUGUCAGAAAGGAUCUUACUUUCUGCAAAGCAAAGUGACCAGGAAGUUUAGUUGUAUGUUGCAGAAUA